AUGAAUGUCAUUUUGGCAGUGAAGCAGUACGUCACAAAGAUGAUCGCAGAUAGUGGGCAAGGAAUGAAAGUUCUUCUUAUGGACAAGGAAACAGUAAGCGACAAUAUUCCAGCUGAGAUCGAUGAAUGGUUUGCAUGACCCUGUGGAGUUAAUAUUUUUAUCCAUUCUCUUUUUGCCUCUUAUUUCUGAAUUUUACAUAAUUGGAAGUUCCUUAUUGUAGCUUUGUAAACCUUUCUUUUAAAGUGGCUUUUGUAAAUUUGUUCUCGGCAUAUAAUACUAUGUAAAUAAUUCCUGUAAAUCUAAAUCUAAAUUAACAUUCUUAAUGUAUCAAGAGGGCGAAACAGCACUGAGGAUGUUAAGCUGUGAAAUUCUUUGAAAUUCACCAAAGGAUUUCAAGAUGUUUGCAAUGAACAGCCUAAUAUCUCUUGAUCAGCUACCAUGAGCACUUAAUUCACCUUAGUGGCGCUCUACCAGGAGCACUAAUGGUUGGGUGAAAUAAAAUCAGCUUGAACCAUUUUCAUGUUAUAAGUCAUUAUUUUCUUUCAAUUUUUUUUUCUGUGAGUUACAGCUGUGUCUUUCCCUGAACAAAACAAAUGUUUAAAAUUUUGUUUGUUUGGUUUUUUUUUUUUUAAUUUAGACAGGUGUGGUGAGUAUGGUAUACAGUCAGAGUGAGGUGCUGCAAAAGGAGGUGUAUCUUUUUGAAAGAAUUGACACCAGUGGACGAGAAACAAUGAAGCAUUUAAAGGCUAUUUGCUUCUUGAGACCAACAAAGGUACAGUGGUGAAACAAGCUUCUAAUUAUAGGAACAAAAUUUUGAUAGUGUAGCACAACUGUCUGGGUGGGAGCAGUCCUAAGAAACGAUUUUGUCAGUAAUAGAGUGAUGUUUUUACAACUUGAACAAAUGUCGUCAUCAGAGUCAAGAUUUGACUGUCAGUGAAAGGCAGGGUCAAGAGUCAGAGUCAAGAGUCCGAGCCAAUAAUUAAAGUCACUUGACUCUGAUGAUGAUUUCUGUUCAGGUUAUUGAGACAUGUGUCAGGACUACACUCACCUGGAUGAUCAAACUAUAAUGUACACCAUUACAUGUUACCACAGGUUUCAAACCAUUUGCAAACAAAAUUCUGAGAAAGGUUGACAGAACCCAGAUCAAAUUUGUAAUUCUCCUCACUGUCAACCAUACAAUUCUUAUAAUGUUAGUUCAGAGAAUUUAGUAUUGGAUCAACUAAUCAUCCCCAAAUAUUUUUCUUUAUUCUCAUCACUUAUCCGCUCGAUAUUGCAUUCAUAUUGUAAGGAGAAAUUCUGUCUUGGUCACUCAUGGGAGUUAAAGGCUUAAAAUAAUCCUGGAUUCCUAGCAUGCAAAAAGUAACAUUUUGCUGUGGCAGUUAAACAUGGGUUGUUUCUAAUCUAGAAUAAGAGGAAAAAUUUUUGCAACACUCUACUACCUUUAAAUGUUUUCUCUAACUUUCAUUUUUCUCUCCCUUUCCCCCUCUUCCCAAUUUUGUUUGGUGGGGGAAGGAUUUAUUUAAGAUAAUUUAUUAUUAGAGAUGAGUUGCAAAAUUUUUUUUAUUGUAUGUGUUGAGUAGAGGGUUGUCAACUACCUACAAUAGGGAGGUAUGCUAACUAUAUUUGCCACUACUGUGGCUUUGAACAUUUCUCUUAUAUUCUCUACCCUUUGCUUUUUAUUUAAAAAGGAGAAUGUGGAGCACCUUUGCAGUGAACUAAAAAAUCCAAAAUAUGGAACAUAUUACCUAUGUGAGUAUUCUCAAAAUCUAAAUAGUGAAUUAUUUAAUUUUACUUGCAAAAUAAACAGAGUUGAGAGGGUGACUAGUCAGGAAUUCUCUGGACAUUGAUUGUACUGAUAUUAACACUGAGAUGUGUCUGGUGAGGAAUGAAUUGAUGAGGAAUGUUCUGUCUCACAUAGCAUUAUGAAAUGUCUAUGUCUCUCUUUUUUUAUUUCUAAUUUCAGUUAUUAACUUACUGGACGGUAUUUUGUUUCAUCUUCAAUUCACUUAGCAUGCCAGACCUUUCUGAUUGACUUGUUCUGAGUCCCCUUCCUCAUGGAGGCUCACAUAUUUUUUUAGUCCCGUUCAUGUGACUUGGAGAAAUAAAUGCCUUUCUUCAGAACUCUCUUAGACUUAUUACUGGGUACCUUGUAUUUCAGACUUUUCCAAUUUCAUUGUCAAGCCCAGUAUCAGAGCAAUUGCAGAAGCAGAUGAUCAUGAAGUUGUAAGAGAAGUCCAGGUGAUAUUAGAAUUUUAAGAACAUUAUAACUGGCAAUAAUGAUAUUCUCUUAAUGGUUCAAAUACAUUCAUUUCUAUGGCAACCCAUAACCUACAUGUAACUAGACAUUUUCUGGAGUCCCUAUGUGUUCACACAUCUUGAUUUGAACAUCUUUUAUGUGAAAAUGCCCGCAUUCUCAGGAGCUAUAUACAAUCUAAGCAAGGUUUUAACACAGAUCUCUCUUAUGAUGUAAAGUCCUGUUAACUGACAUUAAUGAUGCUCCAUAGCAUUUCUUUGUUCUAGAAGUUUGCAUGUUUGUGUACUUUUUUUUUUGUUUGUUCAUAUUUUAUUCCUCACAGAAGAUCCCACCCCUGGUGAACCAGCUCUUCUUCCCUAUUCACCCCUCCCCCCCUCCCCAUGUAUUGUUUGUUCUUUCACCCUGGAGGGGUGGAACUGAUUUGUUUGUGUGUUAUUUCUUUACUUGUGGCAGGAAUUUUACUCUGACUAUUUUGCUGUUAGUCCACAUGUAUUUUCACUAAACCUUCCAAGUUGUUCACGGGUGAGCGUUUCUUAUUUGGAAAUAUUACAUUCACUAGUUUAAAAGAGUAAAUGUGUUGGAAAAAUGGAAUAGGUAGACCAUUUGUCAUAAGCUUAGGGUAACAAAUAGUCUGAUCCCUCUGAGUGGAUUUGAUUCUCCUCCAAUGUGAGCUGAUUCUCUACCAUCUGAACUGCAGAAAACUAAUUGUUUGUCAAGAUAAAUGGUUAGAAAUACAUCAUCUGUUUUUUCUUUUUUGUCCAAACUGUAAUGUUCAUUUCAAACUUUUAAAUUAUUUACAAAAACAUGGUGAACUAGCUGAACCUUGAGCAUCUUUUUCUUUAUACUUCACAAGUGCACACUAUUAUGUCUUCCUAGAUUGCACAGGAAUACUACAUAAAUCUGUAAUCUUCUAAACACUAGUUGAUGAGGGAGGCAAGUUUCAUUUGUGACAAGUAUCCUGCAAACUACUGUGAUCAGCGGUGUUGUUAUGAGUUGAAUCCUGACACAAGAUUUUACCUAUUAACAUUGUUAUUACAAAUUUUUUUCUCUAAGGGUGGAUCUUGGGAUGGUGAGGCAUUAGAUCGCUCCUGUCAGGGUAUUUUGGCUGUGUUAUUGUCAUUAAAGAAAUGCCCUUUGAUAAGAUAUCAACAGUCCUCUGAGAUGGCUCAAAGACUUGCUGAAAAUAUCAAGGUCAGAACUGUAAUGGAAUCUUUGUUUGAUCUGAUCACCAUUAUUUUAUCAAAAUAAUAAAUGUAUCCUUCACAAAUGUCUUACUGCAAUUAAGGGAGAUGCAGGUUGUUAUACAGUAUUUAAUAACAAACCUUUUCUUAAUAAGUAGAAGGUUGCAGGAAUCUUUCUUUGCUGCUUUCUUGUAGAUAGCAUAAAUUUAUACUGUAGCAAUCUCAUAUGGAUUUUUUCUCUGGCCUAAGUAUAUUUUAUACAGUUGGACUCCUGAUUUCAAUGUUGGGCGUCAAAUGUACAUGGAGCUCACCAGACCCUUUCGUUUAUAAUUGACUUUUUAUGUUUAGCACAAGAUAAAUGAGGAGGCUUCACUGUUUGACUUCAGAAGAACCGAUGUUCCUCCCGUGCUGUUGAUUUUAGACAGACGAGAUGAUCCAGUAACACCUCUGCUAAACCAAGUGGGUACUUACACUGUUAUCUACAGAUAAGUUAACAUACCUUGACCAAGGGCCGUGCGGUGUAGAAUAAACUACGUAAUAGGUAUAUUCCGAGCGUUUGUACUCGCUGUUGUCGUCGCCAAGGGUAGUCAACAGAUCGCUAAGAAUUUUAGACAACUUGCUCGAUGAAAAUACCUUUUCAUACCAUCUUUGCCGGGAGAAUUUAUUCGAACCAUUCAUUCCCUGCCUCUUAAUUCCCCGCGAUUUUUCCGUUUAGCGGUGUGUUUGUUUGGUUAAAACUCAGGGUGACUGUCAGGUGAGAAUCUACGUUAUACAAGUUUUCGUUUAUUUAUGUUCCAUUUAGUGGACUUACCAGGCAAUGGUACAUGAACUGAUUGGUUUGAGAAAUAACAGAGUGGAUCUGUCCAGGUGCCCUGGCAUCACAAAAGAACUUCAGGUAUCAAAAUUUGCGUUUCUGCCCUUAGGAUGAAAGUUCAUUGAUAUUAUGCUGAUCUUACUCUUCAUUCGAUGACGCACUUUAGACUUAGGCUUUAGGGGGUUCACAACUACCGAAGUUUAUCUCGAUUUCCUCAGCAGGAAUUAAAAAAGAACAGGGACGGGUUUCUACUUGUUGAUCAUCGCAGUUUACGCCCAUAAUAUGUUUUCAUACCCCGGCCACUGAGUUGAUAAAGGCAUGGGGAGAAUUAAGAGUCUAAACAACGAGCAAUGAACAAUUCCGGUUGCGCUCGAAUCAGGCCCUUUAGAUGUGUUUAGAAAAUUAAGGAUGAGUAAGUUGAAUAAGAAUAAGUUAAAGUGGAGAAAGAUUUGCUUUUCGUGUUGUUAAGAGCGUGCGACAGAAUCGAACCUCAGACCUUCGGAUUCCGCGCUCAGAUUCUCAACCAUGAGCGUCAUCAUUACGAUGGUCAUGUAUGACACGCAUCCCGCGUCCUGAGUGGAAGGUACGUAAACUGCCGUAGUAAAUUUUGAAAAGCCUACGAUGUGCGCAACUUCCCUUUGUCCACACGAAACGCUCGAAACGUCAAAAAAUUUAAAACCGAAAAAAGUUUAAAAAUUCGUUCUCUGCACCUUUUUCGUGAUGUAGUGUUUAGCGUGCACCGCUUCGUGUUGUUUUCUGCGCCCCCAGCACUUUUUAGUUUGACCAGCUUUAGGUGGAAUAAUUUUAAUGAUGUUCUUCAUGAUUGUUUUGUAACAGGAAGUCGUCUUAUCAGCCGAACACGACGAGUUUUAUCAACGGGUAAGCUUUUAAUUCCAGAAUACCAAGCAGCACAUUGUUGUUUCCAAAAGAAAAACAAAAAACAAAUCCGUUCAUUAACAUACACUUUUUUUUAUUUUCUUAUUUUUUUAUCAGAACAUGUAUCUCAAUUUUGGAGAAAUUGGCCAAAACAUCAAAACACUGAUGACAGAGUUUCAGCAGAACGUGAAGAGUAACCAGCGUCUAGAGUCCAUUUCCGAUAUGAAGGUAAGUCUUAGUGUAUAUCUCUAAGAACUAACUCGAAUGUGGAAGUACAUCAAUGUGAUAAAGCCACAAGAACUUUGGUCAAACAGCUUUAAACUGUCAUCGCCCAAAUAGUCAUCUGCGUACACUACUGAUGUCGGACAACGUUUUUUGAAGUAACUCUGUGCUUUCCCUAUUUACACCGACAAAAACAUGUUUUGGCAGUUUUGCGGAAAGAAUAUGAAACAUUUUUCUGGCGGCACGAGACGUGUGAAGGAAUAACUUCUUGAGUACAAAAUUUGCAAGUGUAGAUGACUUGACAGCGACACUUGUUACGGCAAUUGUGAACGGUGAAAGGACAAUUCUACUUUGGCCAGUAUUUUCCUUGACAACAUGGACAAGCAAGACAACAUCAGCUCAUUUUCUCGUGUGACUGACAAGCCAUCCUUGCUGAGGCAUAAAUGUAUAUCAUUUGUCAAGAAAAACUUGCUAAAUAAAUGAAGCUGUAGUAUUUCAUGAUUCUUCCUUGCGAUUAGAUGUAAUCGGUGUUUUGCAAAAGUCAACUGUUUGGCUUUGUAUGUGUUUUUUUUCUUUUUUUUUUUCCAAUAGGCUUUUGUUGAGAAUUAUCCUCAGUUUAAGAAGAUGUCGGGAACAGUGUCUAAACAUGUUACUAUUGUUGGUGAGUUGUCUCGUCUGGUUCAAGACAAGUCACUUUUGGAUGUCUCCGAAGUGGAACAAGAUCUCGCCUGUCAGAACGACCAUUCUUCUGCCUUACAGGUACAGAACCUUGCUAAAUUAGAGGAAGUCGCCAAGUUUUUCUGAAAUUUGCAGGACAUUUCUUCUUAUUUCGUAUCAAACUGAUUUUGUUGAAAUACUGGCCAAUUACAAGUGCAUAUACCGUUAAGUCAAUCAAACCUCGAAAUACUAAGAUAGACGGUUUGUAGCGAAGUGAAACGGAGUUGUUUGAUAAAGAUUGAUAAUUCCGUAAUUUUCGAAAAGCUUUUUUUUAUUUCAAAUAUGAACUCAUUGAAGUCAUUUUGGUGAUGUAUGAUGUUUGAGAAAUAACCUUUUAUGAAUGUAACCACAGUAAGGAAUGUCAUCAGAAGGAAAAGCGAUGCUAAACCUUUAACCCAAUGUUAACCCGUAGUCAGUGUUAAGCCUUUGACUUCUAAGAGUGACCAGCAUGUAAUUUCUCCAUACAAUAUCACCCCUAAAUUUCAAGGUCACGAGAAAAGGGGAAAUGAUCAUCAAAUAGAGAAGCUGUAAAUUGUUAAAAUGUGAAGAGAACAGUUUGGAGAAUAUGCAUACUGAUGGUUGGAUACAAAGGUUUAAUAGUUUGGUUUGAGUGAUUUAUUUGAGAAAUAAAAUAGUAUCGCUCUAAAACUCUUUCUUGAUUAAAAAAAAGUGUGGAAAAGUGUAUGUUUUUAUAGUUGGAUUUUCAGUUCAUCGUACUAUGAAUUUCCACAGAAUGUCCGUCGGCAACUCACCAAUGAGAAUGUGUCUGAGCUGGACAUGGUUAGGAUGGUGUCCCUGUACGCGCUUCGUUACGAAAAACAUAGCAGCAAUGACGUGGGUGGCCUGUUGAACAUGUUGUCAAGAAGAGGGGUCAGCGAACCUCUUAAGAAGGUGCGUAUCAUUAGAGCUGUAUGGUUUCCUAGCAACUACAGUAGAAGUUUCCGGAUCUCCUAGGUUUACAUUUUUGUGUAACCUAAUUGAACUGUCCAAUCAAAUGCGAUCGUGAUGUUCUUUGAAUUAGGAAGUGCUCGCAGUUCUCGCCUAAUGUGUGUUCACCUGUUUCCGUCUUCUGUUUGUAAGAGCAUGUAUUUUUUUCCAGUUGUUUUUAGAGCGCAACUGCAGUAAGUUUGGUGUUGUAUGGUAUUCCAUUUGUCGAAAAUCGAAACCUAAAUUGUACAUCCUUAAACCCACAAAAAAAGGGCUCUGUUUCUGCAGGGCCGUAUUCAAACCGUUCUGGUGGACUCCUUUGAUUAAGAAUUUAAGUGAAAAUUUUUCUGGUUUCGUGCAACAAAAUUUUAGGCGAACCCCAAAUUUAGUAGAACAUCAGAUCGUUUUCUAGCCAAUGCUUUCGUGGUACCAUAUUAUAUGCAAAAUAUGUUUCCUCGCUUUCGUUCUCAUUAACGCCCCUCAUCUUCUCACCCAGAAAAAAAGACUGUAUUCCCCUUGUCGAAAGAGCUGGUAAAUAGAUAAAGUAGUUUAAGCUUUAAAACAGCUUCAAAAUGUAAAGCGUCCGUUAGAAUCGUGUGUACUCAGCUUUUUUAUGUAUACCUUUAUUGAUGGCUCUCUCCCAUAUGUCUUUUUACAACUUGGCUUCCCUUCUCGUAUAAUACAUAUAUCGCCUUUUAAAUAUGCUUUACCUUAGAAAAGGGUCGUUCUAUGUUAUUCAUUUCAACUCUUAAAGCUAUGUAAAUUAUUUUAAAUACAACCAGUAAUUUAUAAAGUUCGUCUACCGCGUGUUGACAUGGUAUUUUAUCUGAUAUUUAUGCGAGACACAUACCACUCAGGCUUGAAAACAAACGGGUAAAUUUCUAAGGUAAAUUGACUUCUUUUUUUCUUCGAAGCAAUCGACAGAGUAAGAAAAUGCGCCCACUCUUGUGUUUCUUCUGUUUUGUUUUGUAUUUGUAUAUAUAUAUACAUACUGAAACCUUCCAUUUCAAAAAGAAUCUAUCAAAUUAUGCCGAAUAACUUGCGUAAGAAUCCUUUCAUAGUUUGUGACAUGAAAUUACACCUAUACUUCCUAGUAGUCUAUAACGAAAGACUGACAAGAUUAUCCAAGUUUUUUGGUUUUUGUUUUGUUUUUUUUCCUUUGUCAAACCACUUUUCAUGAUCUUGUUUGAUUGUCUUUGUCGUCAACCAUUUCUUUACCAUCAUAGCUCAUUAAUACCCAGACGAUUUACUUAUGUGCGAUAUACAUUUUAUUAUUUUUUUUCUUGCUCGAAACUUGACUCCUGCACUCACCACAAAUUUCCCCAUUCAAUCACUCCCUACUACUAUAAACUGAACUUACUGCACGCGCUCUCGAUGAAAAGCUGGUCAGUCUCGCUGUAUCCGAGCGCCUUAGUCCAGUAACCAAAGAUUUUAAAGCGUCGCGAAAGUCCUGCUUCAUGAAAGUACAGAGGAGCGGAUUGCACAACGCUGUCAAGAAGCGAAGGAAAACGAUAGUGGUGACUAUUGCGUUAGCUGCCUUUGGCGACAUACUAUGCUGCCCUAUGGCGUGCAGAUCAUUCAUAAUUGCCCACAUAAAAUAGAAAAAUAGUCCAACGAUGAACACCGCCAUCAUGGCGAUGAAGAUCGUUGCGAUUUUCUUCUCGUUUACUUGUCGUCUGCCUUUGUUGACCUGAGAUCCCGAGCCCUUGGUAAGUUCGCUGUGGAUCUCGUUGCUUUGCCUUCGAAGGAAAGUGAAAAGUUUGGUAUAAAUGGCGCUCGUCACAAGUAAGGGAACCACGACUAGGGCAGCUAUGUGAAAGAAGUCGUAUCCGAGGUCAAAACGAUUCACUGUGUCCUCAGCUGUUGUGGGGUGCAGAAUCCAGCUAAGCUGUAUCAUUGAGGCCAGCAGCGCGAACAUCCAGACAGAAGCCAGAGCACAACGAAGUCUCUCUUCUGUUACGAUGGACGGGUACUGCAGAAGCUUGGUUACUCUUAUAUAACGGUCGAUGGAUAAGAGAGUAAGGUGGCCCACGGACGAGAAAGCCAGAAAGCGGUUGGAGAUAUCCAUAGGGAGACAUACUUCGAAACGCUGAACGGCUGAGCAGACAAUAACCAUUGGCACCGCUAUCAAACCUGUUAGAAGGUCACUUACUGCGAGACUUGUAAGAAUCAUGUUGGAUGUGGUGCGCAGUCGCCGUUUGCGCCAGAUGAGCAGCAGGAUUAGACUGUUUGCGAGGAUGAUGGAAAACGAGAGCAAGCCGUAGUUAAUGAACGGCACUGUCGGGUCGCUAUUGAAUAGGUCUUCCUUCCCAUUGUUGUUAGUUAAGUUGCUGUCAUUGAUGUGGUUCAUGUCGUUAUCUUUCUUCUCUUCGCUUAAAAAGAUUUCUUCGCCUCAGCACAGAUGCUUUCUUCCGUAGAUUUCUUUCCAGAUUUGUUUGAAUUUUUCCUCUUUCCCCGACGAAUCUUGUUUGGUAUAGUUCUAGAUAUACACUCUCUCUACUUCCUCAACCUGACUAGUAAAGUCGUUAUACUUUCGUCUUCCUUCGGUUUGCAAGUUGUCGCCUUCUGACCUCAAUUGUAACACAUUUAAUUCGCUCCACUGAAAGAAAAAGAUGUUAUUAGAAAACUGAUUAUAUAAAGCUAGGCAAACUUUUGAAUUAAAAAAAGAAAUGCGGUAUUGAAAUGGAAAAUUUAUGAAGAAGUUGACGGCUAACUAAGGUACUUAUUAAUUUUCAGUUAAUUCCAACCGCCCGACAAGAAUAUGGAAGGGUACUCACACAAAUACGUUAUUGGAAAUUGAGAGGAAAAAAAUGAGAUAUCAUCUUUUAAAUGAAAGAGUGCUCAGAUCAUCAGUAUUAAUAGGACUCCUUCUCGGGACACUUGGUUAAUAUAAUCUUUUGAUCUUGUUAUGAAAAACCUACCAAAAUGAACAGUUUUUUGAAAAGCAGCAAGUUGGUGGACUUAAAUCGUCUUUUCCACUUCCAAAACGAGUAUUGAAUCUAAUUACGCAAUUUGGUGUGGUGUUUCCCCACCAAGCUUGCCUGCCGCCGAUAGAAUAUCCAAAAGUUUUUGUUGUAAUUUAUAAAGGACAAACUCCCAAAUACAGUAAUUUGCAAAUUGAGGAUUACCGGAAAUUACCAGAAGGGUUGUUACCUUCAUGCAAAUUGCGUAAUUCGCCCUUUUUAAAAUGCGUAAGCUUCGGUUAAAUUAAUUUCACGAAUCCGCUCUUUAAAAUUCUAGUAUACUUUAAGAGUCGAUUUACAAACUUCUAUGAAAAAUUUCGACUCCCAAUAUUCCAAUGCAAUUUCCAAAUUAAUGUGUAAUGCGCUAACUCUGUGUAUAAAAUAGAUGUCGUGAGUUAAAACCUUUUUUUUUUUACAAUGUAAGCAGAUAUUUGCGUCCUGUAAGCUUUCAAUGAAAUGGGAUGUUAUUUGCUUUAGAGGGAAAUAGGAAAUUAAUUACAAAUGGUUAAAGUAUAAUUGUGACACUCUGACAGGCGUAGCACAUGGAAAUAAAUUUCUCUCGAUUUUCCCACCUGAAAUUGUCCUUCCUAUUAAGAAACGCUAGCUGGCUUUUACCGUCGUUUGUGUUGAACUGUUUCAGUCGUUUUGUCUGUGUAAACAGAUGGCGAUGUUUUUCGGAGGGCUGUUUCUUCUCCGCAACAAAGAAAGUACAAUUUCUUUGUAGAAGCAAAGGAAUAGAAUGAAGCUUAGAGUGAAACCAACACAUUUUUUGCUGAACCAAAGGAAGCUAAGCGACUGUGACAUAAACCAAUUCAAUUUUCCUUAGCAAAAACAUGAAUUGGGCUUAAUUGUGUGGGAGUGAUAUUAUUUUCAUGUUAAUUAUGGACCAUUUUUGUAGUGGCACGUCAAAUCGCAAAUGGAUUGUUAUCGCAAUAUUAGCAUCACUCCCUGCUGUAUUUAUUUUUCGGUCCUCGAUGUGUGUGUGAUUUGAACCCAAGAAAGAAAAACCCUGAGACAUAAAAUUCGCAUUAUCAAUUUUACAGGAAUCUUUCAAAAAGCCCUGAGAGAUAAACAAAAGAAAAAGAGCUUUCAGAAAACGAUGUGAAAUUGCGGUUUAGAACUGAUAGUGUUAAUGUUAUAAAAUCGCCGGAACUUGGAUCUAUAUUGUCAGUCAUGCCCCAAUAUAUUGAUUCAAGCGUGUAACACUCGGACUUAUAACCGUCUAUAUACUGUUCUUUCGACAGACUCAAAUAAACAAUUUAGGAGACAAGUCCGGAUCACCACUUCUAAAAAAGAGACCAACUAAGUCCAAAUCAAAUAAAGUGUUUGUAGUCCUUAUAGAUCAGCAAAACGGGAGAGUCAUUUAAAGACCAUUUGCCUUGCCUUGAAAAGCGUUUCAUAUUGUCUUUGUGUACUCAGGGUGUUUCCUAAAUGAUUCUUGGUAACAGCAGUCCACAAAUCACUAUACUUUCUGUAUAUCAAGAUCAAUAUUCAUAAAAAUGCUUUUCGCAAAAUGUGUUCUAUAAACAACGUAUUACUUAAGGAUUUUCGUUAAAAAAAAGUCACGAAUAAUGCACCUUUCAUAUAAUUGCGCGCAUUUAGAAAGUUACGAAAAACAAUUAUGACGAUAGUGCCCGAAUAUCGACAUUUUACUUUUUUGAUAAUGAACUGGGUUAUGAAUGUUCAAUACAUAAAAAAUGGGAAUGGAAAAUAGACAGCAAUACAAAUUAUAAGCUCUGAAAAAGUGCGGCACAAACGAUAAACAAACAAAUAGACCAAAACGAUUAUGUUUUAGCAAACAUUUUUUGUCUUGUAUGCUCAGACGGUGACGGCUCUAAUCCAGUAUGGCGGCAGGAGUGUCAGGGGUAGUGAUCUCUUUGGGCAAAAUAAAACCCCGUUGUCUUUGACGAGGAGAUUCUUCAAGGGAUUAAAGGUAGCGUCUUUAGUGUUUUUGAUUACGAUGGAGGGACAUGACUUUGAAAUACAAACCUGGGCGGUUUGUUAAACUAAUGCUUUGUAUUUUAUGAGAAGGUUACGACGAAAGAUCAAAGAAACGGACAUUGUUGAUUAGAUUUUUGACGAGGCUCCCCGACAAUAGCUUUUCAAUUAUGAUUAGCGAGAAGGAAAAAAUAGGGAAAAUAAAAUAAAAAUAGAUUUUCGUUUGGAGACAAGUGCGUGCAGUGUUGAAUUUUCGUUACUCGGCCCAGGAGAUGAGGACUUUAUGAUGGGUAUUUCCCGUUUCAUGGGAAACGACACAGUCUCUUCAACAGUACUAACUGAACUGUAUAAAUUACGUCGAAAUAGUGAUUUGCGGCAGCUAUUAAAACUCGCCUUUUAGCCUCGCAAACAAAUGAUCUUUUGUUCUAGGAUUCCUUCUGUAGUCCCCUCAGUGUUUGAUGUAGUGAGAUUUUUUUGAUGAUUAUUUUGAUUAAUUCCCCCUGAUUGCAAGAGAAACCGGUAAUCCUGUUGUAUUUUCAGGGAGUCGAAAACAUCUACACACAGCAUACUCCUUUGAUCUCUGAAACACUGGACAGCUUAGUGAAAGGAAAGUUAAAGGACACGCAGUUCCCAUACAUUGGUUCGUCAGUGCUGCGAGACAGGUAGGAACCACUUACAGUUCUUUACCAAAUUUUUACAGACUCUCAUGUAGAACAGCCUUGAAGUUCAAAAUAUUAACCCCCAAAAAAGUCAGAGUUCGUGUACAAGUACAAUUGCAAGCCAGUGCAAAGCUUGUAGUCCGAGAACUGAUUUUCUGAAAAUUUGCUGAUGAGACUUUUAUUUGUGAGGAUUUAGGCAUAUGCAAUACAUUCAAUCACACUUACGUGUAAUGUCUAGAACCUCUUUUUGUUUGGUAAGUCACCAAGGUUUUUAUAACCCUUGAAUUGACAAAACACUAGUUUACAACGAAACAAUAACAAAACACCGAGUCCUAGGUUUUCUCUGUUUAAAGCGUUCGUUUCAACGUUGAGCCCUUUUCUCUAGACAGUAUCGUUGCUGAAUCAAUCAGUACAGUAUGAGAAUAAAAGGACUCAUCGCCAACGGAAGAAGCUUUUAAUUGUUAAACAAAUUCUCCUUUCCAGUGCCAUAGAAAGGUUGGAAUAGCAUCCGAUCACGAAAUCUCAAUUGUACAGGAUUUUAUCUCUUGGGAAAAACCUCCAGGGUUUCUUUGUCGCCCGCGAGUACUCUAACUAAGAUUAAAUUCUUUAUAUCUUAUCCAACCGAGCUAGGAAUCUGCAAUCUUUUUCACUGAGUAGAAUUUUGAUUUAUUACUAUCUAUUUUAAAGGCCCCAAGAAAUUAUCUUGUUUAUGGUUGGUGGAGCAACUUACGAGGAGGCUUAUGCUGUUUAUAACUUAAACAAGACAUUGCCUGGAGUGAAAAUUGUUCUUGGAGGAACCACAAUUCAUAACUGCAAAAGGUACCCUUAACCUCUCUUUCUAUCCCAAUCUUUUAAAAUAACAGUGAUAAAUGGCGCUGUGUAAGUUAAUACUAUAUUUCUUCAGCUGUGAUUGCAAUGAACUUGUACUCGAGGGCUAUGCUCGUAAAUUCGUUUAGGACAAUGAGGGCAAGAAUUAAAGUGGCACUUGGUUCUGUUUAACGUUUACCUGCGACGAGAAUCGCAGACUUAAGUACAUGCCAUAAAUUAUCUCUGCAAAAUUCAGUCUUUUUAAUCGAUGUUAUUAGUUAUUAUUAUCAUCAUCAUCAUUUUCAUAACUAUUAUGAUUAAUAGUUCCAAAUACCUUAAAAUUAAUAUUAAAAUAAAUACUCAUAUAAUAACUAUGAAAUAGCUAAAAGAUGUUAUCCUAUCUGAAAUAAUACGAUAACGCUGUAUUCCACCUUUGCGUUCAAAAUAUAGCCUUUUAUCUUCGUAUAAUUUAAGUGUCAAGUCUGGUUGGCUUAAACUCGGCUCUGUGACUGUGAACAACGAAGACGACAGAGUCAGACUUUGACGUGUUUUAUAACCUUUGUCCCUUUCCGAGAGCGAAAAUUAAUACAUGCGAAGUCGGAACAGCUGUGUAAACAUUCGCUAACUUCGAUUUAUAUACAGUAUUCCACACCUCUCAGUAAAUACUUUUUUAACUUUGCGAGUGAAUAUGAGCCUUCUUUGAUUUUAUGUACGGUGUGUUCGAUUUGAGACUUACUUAAACCCAGUUUUUUUUCUUUCUUCACGAACUCAAAGAUCAUAAUUAUCUUUCAAGCUUUCUGUCAUCUCGAUUGGGAACACUAAGAUACACAACUUUCAACGGCGUUUGAUCGACAUCACUAUAGUCGUACGAAAAUGAAUACGUCUUUGAUUCUGCUAAGGUUGAAGUGGGAGACUUAAUAACACUUUAACUCAUUGUAUUUUGACCAAUGGAUAAAAGGCGCCGUUCCUAACUAAUGUAAAUUUGCAGAUCAGAUCACUUCAAGCAUCCAAGAGACUCUUCUCAGCUUUGUUCUCUAUGUUAAUUUUAUGAUCAUUGAAAUCACGAUGUAGAAGCAAGGUUUAGACCACAUUUUUCCCUUCGUUGUCUUUAUUGUUAUUUUUGUUACUAUUAUAUCAUUAUUAUUAUUAUUAUUAUUAUUAGUUUUAUUUUCCCAUGUUAUGGCAUUUGUCCAGAAUCCAUGUUGAAUCAGUUGUUUGAGAUUUACCUGGCCCUCUGCAUGCAGAAGUAGUAACCCGUGGAAAAAUUAUCAUUGAAACCCGAAAAAAGCCUUGAGUUGUUGUUGAUGUUUUUCUUUUUUUAUCCAACCUUGAGUGUAUUGGUUUUCCAGGAAGAAUAUGAGCAGCCUACCCUUUAAUUAUGCCCCGUAAUUUGACGUAGAAAUCUUAGCUUAAUAUUGGCGUUGCAAAGUGAAACGAAAACAAGAACUCUCAUUAAAUAUGCAACAUUUAGAUAAUGAUGUAAAAGCGUUAAUGAUACUUAGCAAAAAAUUGUUCUUUGUGUGCUUGCACAAGCCUUUUACUGAAACGCAGAACUAGAUGAUCGUAGAAAUUAACCAUUUUUUAAUUUUGUGGGAAACUGCGCCAGAUUUGGGAGUUGGCUGAAUCCUGGAGAUAAAGUAAGUCAAUUCUGUGCAUGGCGCCGUUGAACGUUUUAUAAAGUUUCCACGUUCUCUUGUCUAGCGAAUUUCUUGAAAAUAGUCAAUGUAUGAACGAAAGAAUAGCUAAAAGUUACUCCCUUAGAAUUAUGGUAAACGAUUUAUGUUGCGCAUCCAGAGUGCGAAGCAAAAUUGCCCGUAUCUUAUUGACAAAAGUUAAAGAUUCUUACCUCGAGAACGUGAGAGCUGUGCCUAAAAUUUCCUCGUCUCACUCAGUAUUGACGACAUCUGUGAUUGAUAAAAAACAAAGGCAGGUUGUUAAUAUCUCCUCUCGUGACGUACCCACUGCACACAUCAAACCGAUCUCGUUUGUGCAUGUCUCGCACCAUUCCGGAAAAAUUAUGACACAACUGUCAUUUCUUGUGGAUUCUAAAUUGUUUCUAAAUCAACAGAAUAUGUAAUAUCUCUCCAGGAUCUUCCGCUCAGUGGUUUUCGUAACAAUUUCAAAGAGCGCAAAUAUCGCGAAAACGAUAUUGAAAGGAAAAGUUUACGGGUCACGUAUUUCAGGAGCCAGAUCCCGCCACACACUGUUUCUAAAUUCAGGAAUCGUGCUCACCUUUCCGUAAAAUUCACUUAUCACAUCUUGAUUUUGGCCUCGAUCACGCAUCACGUAUAAGGCCUUUGUCACCCUCUUUAUUGUGAGGAUAUUCUUUCUUUCUCGAUGAAAGAUUCGUUCGAAGUUUUAAAACAUGCAGGUCGCCCAUAGCAUAAAAUUUGCUGUUAGUUUUGAUAAUUUUUUCUUGGUCAAGGAUUUCAGGUUUCUAUUUAGAAUUAUAAUGAAAUUGUAUCCAUUUGUGACAGUCGCACCCACUCUUGUCCUCAAGCAAACAAUAUAUUCGUUUUGCUGCGCUAGUAACUCUAGUACCUUGAAGGAAAAGAUAACGUUAGAUUGAUUUACACUUUUAUUUGCACCUUCCUCUAAGGAGUUUUUAAACUUAACCACGUAAAUUGGAUCAUUUCCAAUACACUAUAAUAUCCGUGCGAAUUUUAGGAUGCUAUUUUUGGAUUACAAACCAAAGUCACGGCAAUAGUUGUCAGCUUUCAUGUUCACGAAGAAAGAGACGGAAAAUUUUAUGGUCACUUUGCUUCCUCUCUCACGUAACCAAAUCCACAAUAAUUGGGAAGAAAAAUAGGCAAAGAAACGAAAGAAGAAUGAAAAAGUUUUUGAGAAGCUUUUUUGAAUAUUUUUCUUUUCUGUCGUAAAUUGGGGCUUGUUCGUUCUACAAAAUAUUGGCCGGAGUCAAAAGUAGAGGGUUUAAUUUAAAUUGUUCAAAUGAUGAUUGAAAGGAAUAUUGAGUAAAAGGAUAAAAAGAUCAAUUUAUAAUUAUUCGUACGUGUUUAGAAGCCGGAUUGUUUGAAUUUGCCUGUAAUUGUAAAUUAGGUCGCCAAGUUUUAAGUGACAAAAGUAAAUAUCCACCACUAUUCAUUUUCACAAUGGUGAACAGUUGUUAACCAUUCCAAACGAAGGAAUAAUUUAACCACAAAUCGUUCAGCGUUCUUCUGCAUGUAGUGACUUAACUUCAAAUAAGCAACCACACCGGAUAGCCUUAGAUGUGGCAUUUUUCGACAACUAAUUUACCUCUAUCGUUUCAAUGGCAAAUUGUUGCUUUCGUUUUAGUUAUACUGGCACUUCCGCAUUUGGUCAUCUAUCAUUUCUCAUUUUCCUGAAAACGUCACCUAAAUUUCUCUCUUUUGAGUUUCAAAUUUAUUAGUUAUUCUCUUCUAGUGGAAACAGAGCUAUCAUGUCAUGAUUAAUACGUCUAACAUUUAAUAUUCACUUUUGUUUUUUUCGCAGUUUUCUUGAAGAAGUAAGUCAUUCCACUGGCCAAGGCGCUGCUACUAGAGCCCGGGCUUCCUCUGGUGGAGCACAUUACAGAUCUUCAUAUUCGUCCUCGUUUUUCUGAAGUGAUCCGACAACACAUGAAUUCUUGUUAGAUGGCAUUUUAUUCUAGCGUAUAAAUCGCAACAGCCGAUCAGAAAAUAAACAAUAUUACAAAAAGCUAAUAAGAAAUCUAAAUAAAAUCAAGCUUGCUGACUGAAUCGCGAAAAUGUAGCUGCCUGAUUAGCGAUUGAUCUUAUUUGAGUUACUAAUUUUUUGUUAAAAGAUUGGUGCGAGUCUUCCAGACCAAUCAUUGAGAGAAGAAUGAGAAACCAAAACAAUUCCGGAUUCUUUUGACAUUACAACCGAAAAGUACGAUAAAACUAUCGUAGGAUCCCCUCUCGUAAAACAACAAAAUUAUUAAUGUAGUUAAAUCAACUUUUUUAAGCCAUUAUCAACAAGAAUUAUAUUUAAAGGACUUGCUGUCAUUCAUAGGCGAAAGAAGGAGAGUUACUUAUACUGUUAAACUGUUAAUGUUGCGUAAAAGUUAGUGUCUAAGUAGAUUGAACCAAUCGCUAAGAAGCGUCACGUGUUUGAGUUAGAAGCUUUAGUCGAGCUGCUCAAAUUCUCAAAAGGACAUUUUAAUCUAUGCUUUACCAUCAGAAUGUAAUGUUUGGUUACUUUAUCCCCUACAGUGUAUCUGGUUUUUGGUAAUUUUUCACUUAAAACGUUCUUCACUUUGUUUCAAAUCCGAACAGUUUCAGCUGAAAAUCAUUUUUUUAAAAAA